AUGGAAGAGAAGACCCAAGACUUCAACGUAAUCGCGCCACGAUUCAGCUUGCCGCCAGGAGUCAUCGACUCGGUUGACCCGCCCCACGGCGCCAGCGCGCCCGUGACAGUCCUCCCGCACGUUGUCUUCAACGACGCGCAUCUACCAUGGGAGCAAGAGGCCACCUUUGUCGACCGGGACGCGGAGAAGAGGGACCUACGAAGCCAUACGCCAUGGCUGCUUCUCCUGACCUUUUCGCCAGAGGAGCUCAAUCUGGACGAUGCCACCCUCGGAGCCAUUGUCAACGGCUUAUCCGAUGCCAAGAUCGAACAGAGCGAGACAAUGGCAGUCCGGAUGCGCGCGACUCAGGCACAGUCACUCAAGACGGUUGUGAAUACCAUUCCGUACGACCAUGAGCACGAAGGGCAUGGCGCCGAGGGCCCGAUCGACGUCAUCUUCUUAAAGAAGGAUCUCUUCAGGUCGUUGUUCACAGACCCGGUGGCCGGGAACAACACCCUCGACGUUUCCCAAUAUAAGUACCUGGCUCAUGUGCGUCAAGUCGCCAUGAACGGCAUGGCUGGCGCGGGUGCUGGCGAGAGCGACGACUCGGACCUCUUUAGCAUUGUGAUUUCGCCCAGGAUAAGCCCUCUCAAUUCCAAGGUGCCCGUGACCAACCUUGUGCAUCUAGUAUCACUCAACACAAGAUCGAGCGGCGAGCUGCAACAGGAACUGGACUCCGAUAGAAGCCGUGUCGCCCUCGUCAGCUUGUACAGCUGGUCAUAUACAUGCAUCCCGUCCGAGGUCGAUGACAGUCCACGAUCGCGCCUGGAACAUUUGAGGAAGAACCUUACCGUCUUUCACCACCUGAAACCAGCCCAGCACGAGAAACCCUCGGCGACAGACGCAGGUUUGGAUCCAGUCGCCGACCUCAUCGCCAAACGACAGGAGAAUGGGUACACCUUGGUAAGACAACGCACCAUCACCGGCGAGAUCACAGCAGCCAUGGUCCGCGGCCCGUUCAGUCCCAAAUACGUCCCACAUCCCCGGGUCGAAGGUUUCGCCAUCCAAUCCAGCUUUGGGUCCGACCUGCAGAUCUUGGAUCCGGCUCUCUCUCUGAUGGACAUCACCUACUCCAGCGCGUGGCAGCUGGGUAAGGCGCUUGCCAUGGGAGACCAAGCCUUCUGCGCGGCCUUGACUCGCCUGCGCAACCUGAUCUACGGGAGCUCUAUGCGCUCUUCAAAGGCCGACGUGCACAGUCCUCGGGGGCUGUACCGGUCUCGGAUCGAUAAACUCGGUGCCAUGGGAAACCUGGUCAAGAGUCUGAAUGGUAUCAACGAAACCCUCCACCAAGACGAAGAUGCGGCCACCGCCGGUGACAGCAACCGCUGGGACUAUUCGAAUCCCACCAAGUCCUCCUCUCAGGACGGCAGCGCUCGCAGUGUCGACACGUCCACGCCCUCGCCGCACAACUCCACUCUCAUCGUCGCCCACGCGGAGGCGGCGGCCAUGGCGCAAGCCAUGGCUACUGACGGAGAGCUCGACAACGAGCACAAGGCACCCGAGAACGUCGACUUCGCACAUGUGUACACCUGGGUGCUAGACAAGCUUCAUCUCGCCAACAUCCCCGCUCACUACCUCAUGCCAGAUCCGUCUUUCUUGCCGCAGGAAACGCUGCGGUUUUUCUAUGUAGACGAGAACUGGACCGAUGCCCUCGUCGACGGCGCAUUGAGCCUCGCCAACCACUGGGCGUCUACUCCGGAAAAGGACUUUUGUCGUACCGCCAUCAAGAAUGCUAUACAGAAGCGCCUGGACGAGCCAGACCCAUCACUCGGUGGCUGGCACGUCCAGACGCCCCAUUACGGCUUCAUCAUACGCUCAGAACUCUUGGUGCAGUUUCCGGACAUCACCGUCGUCGUGGAAUGCUCCGAGACGCGGACCAAGGCAGGGGAAGCCCCCAAGGCACCAAUCCUUGUGCAGAAAUCUCUGAGUGCGGAUACCAUGUAUUGCCUCUUCGACUGCACCCCGCCGGACCUGAAGCGCAUCAUCCUCACCGUGCCGCCUCACCAGCAGCGCUUUACCAUCGGCAGCUACAUCACCGAGAAAGCCCUGACCGUGUCGUUUAAGAAGGUUUACACAGAGCCAGACCCGGCCAAGAGGCACGACCAGGACAACAAGGAGCUGAUCAAGGAAAUCUCGUUCGGCAUGGAUAACGGCGAAAUCUUCGACCUCAAGUCACGCACCAUGAAGGUGAGGCCGUACGUCGACCGCGUCUUCAAAACGCUUCAUCAGAGCCUCGACGCGAACGACUUCAAAGACGAAGGCUCCAGCUCCACCCUCCUGGCCCUGCACCUGAACGAGUCUAUCCCUGAGCUGCUCAUCAGCCUCCCCCAAGCCUCCUCAUCAACAAUAACGCCAACGCCAACCCCAUCACCCCUCACAGCAACCUCCAAACCUCAUGAGACCUUCCGUUUUUCUGUCCCCUCCCCUUCAUUCUGA